AUGCGUAAGUACUUCCAGACUUUAAGUCGGAUGCUAUACUUACGCUCUAAGCCGAAAAUAACUGUGAAAACUCCCACUGUUAACUCGUUAACCACAUCAACUAUACCACAAGUUAAAGAACCAGAGCGACAGGAUUCAUCUUUGGAGAAUAUUCCAAAGUCUAUUGAUAAAGUAGAAGAAGUCAAAGAGAAUGAAACUCGAAAAGUGGAGUACCGGUCAACCUUUGAUCAAAUGUUCCGCUCUCUAACCAGAAAUGCGUACAAACCGAAGAGCAAAGUUACCAUUUUUGGUGCCGGUGAUCUAGGAAUGGCCACUGUUUUUGCUUUACUUGCGAAGGGGAUCACAAAUGAUGUUAGUAUAAUCGACUUUCAUGAAGAUAAACUAAAAGCAGAACUUAUGGAUUUGCAAUUUGGCUCAAAAUUUCUUCCCAACGUGAAACUUCGUGCAAGCAAAGAUUAUGAAAUAUCAUCAGAGUCAAAGAUAUGCAUUUUGGCUCCUUGCUCAGAUAGCGAUAUCGAAGAUGAGUACGUGGACCCAAUACAGGUCAACGCGGAAGUCUUUAAAGCCAUGAUCCCUCAGAUAUUGAAGUACAGUCCAAAUACCAUCUUUUUGGUAGCUGUUAAUCCGGUGGAUGUGUUUUCGUAUUUAACGUGGCAGGUCAGCGAACUACCAAAGAAUCGUGUCAUGGGCACUGGCACCAACUUGUAUACUGCCACGUUUCAGUACCUGCUGGCCAAUAGGCUCGGUGUCGCACCCUCCGAUUGUCACGGAUUCAUUAUCGGAGAGAACGGAUACAGCUGCGGUAAUUUGAAUUAAAUGUAAAAACUAGACUUUCAAUUAAAUGUAAAAACUAAAUUACUGAAGUUAAUGUUGCUAGAUGGCUAAUAUAUCUUCUAAAUAUUUGAAUCAAUUCUUGACUACGUAUUAUGACAACUAAUUGGAAAAAAGACAGUAAUUUUCGUUCCUUUACACCUAGCAUAGGGGUAAAGAAACUGAAUAUAUGGUAUCAAAAAGUUUGAUUUAAUUUCCGAAAUUUAGGUAUUAAAAGUAAACACGAUGAGCUAAAAUAUACGACGAAUAAGUGUUUAUUAUUUUUCUAAAACGAAUAAAAAAAAUCUUUACUUUUACCACAUCAGAAAGAAAUUCGGAAUUGUUAAUAUGAAGGAACACUACAAAUUUUUUAAAGCGGUUACAUCUAGUUUUGUAUCUAAGUAAAUUUCGCACUUUUUAGUGCCAGUUUGGUCAGGAGUGACGGUGGGCGGUGUCAACCUCUACCGGUUGAAUCCAGACAUUGGCACAGAGAAGGAUCCCGAGAACUGGUCAGAACUACACCGACAGGUGUUACUCGGUGAGAGGGAGGUGCGCGACCGUAAAGGCGGUAACACAUGGGCGUCAGCACUCUCUAUAGCCGACAUAUGUGGUUCAAUACUGAACGAUACAAACUGCAUAAGACCUCUUUCCACUUAUAUCAAGGGUGAAUAUAAUAUAAACGACGAGGUAUUCCUCUCCGUUCCCUGCGUGGUAGGAGCGGCUGGGGUGGCAGAUAUUGUUAGACUACCAUUGACCCCAACAGAAGUGACCCAACUACAAAGAUCAGCUGAUAUAAUCAAGAUCGACCAAAAUAGAAUGAAGAUUGUCCAAUAA